AUGUCUCCGGUUUUAAAAUUAUUCGGUAUAUUUCUGAUCUCAUAUAUUGCGAAAAGAUCUAGCGCAGAGAUUCCAGAAUGCAAAUACAAAGAAACUAUCGAUAUCUCGCGCUAUAAAAAAUUGAACGACACUUAUGUAUAUGAAGGUCUGGAAAUUCCCGCUAAUUUAACUGGGGAGUACAGUUUUCGUGAAUUUUCGGAUGGAUCCAAAGAGUCGGUUAACAAACAUUUAAGGGCCUGUAUCUGCAAAGAUACGCCCUGCAUCCGGAUAUGCUGUGCCUACAAGAAUAUUUUGGCCAACGGGGAGUGUAGUGAUGACCUUAAGAAGGAGAUUUCUCUAAGAAUGUUGAACCUAACAUUUGAUGAUAUCAUAACGAAGGACCUUAAUAUAACGGAGCUUAGAAAGAUGCCCCAAUACAAUUCUACUAAAAUAUUCGUCUUAAGGGAACACUUUCAACCCUGCGACAAGGUUCUUGGUUUAAAGGCCGAUCAAUACACUAUGUUAAAGGAUGGAUCCAUACUUCUCCACCCCACCGCCGUGAUGUUGAGCAACGACCAAUACUGCCUCUUUCCCCAAACUUAUUCGGACUUUCCGGAGAUCUUAUGGUUUGUUAACAGAAUGUGCCUAACAAGACGCGUUCCGGCUACAUUCGAGAUUACUAUAAUAUCGCUAAUAUGCUUCAUCCUGACUAUGGCUGUGUAUUUGUAUAUUAAGAAGCUUCGGAACUUACUUGGAAAGUGUCUUAUAUCCUGUGUAUUCGGUUUGUUCUUGAAGUACCUCUUCUGGACCCUGAAUAAAUUAAACUUUUUAUAUAAUAUUUGCACUCUAGUAGCUUAUUCUGACUACCUCUUUUCGAUGGCAACCUAUUUGUGGUUCGCGGUAAUCAGCUAUCAUUUAAGGAAACUUUUCACUUCCCUAAGUCGCCUUGAGCCACGUAAUGCAUUCUUAAAGUACAGCGCAUUUGUUUGGGUCUCGGCUGCUAUUCCCACAGGAGUAAUUUAUAUAAUGAAUCAGAUUUGGGGAGAGGAUCCCCAAAAAAGGUACUUGACGCCAUUUGUUGGAUUUGUAGGAUGUUAUAUGCAAGACUGGGGCUUUUCUUACUGGAUAUUUUUUCAUGGCCCGGUUCUGAUCUUGACCACCUUCAGUUCAAGCAUGUUCAUCCUGACGGCCAUCCACAUUUGGAAAGUAAAGAGGGAGGUCAAAAGGUUUGCCCAACCAAACAUGAGAAAGAGGCCCUGUCUCGAUAUCGAUGUCCAGACUUACCUGCAGUUUCUUCGGCUCUUUGUCAUAAUGGGCGUAUCUUGGCUCCUGGACAGAAUUACGUCUUUGUUCCGUUACUUGCUAGGGACCAUCAUUUUAGAUAUAUCCGUUUAUUUAAACACCGGCUUUGGUAUAAUCAUAUUUGUGCUGCUUAUCCUCAAGGCCAGCACACUUCAACUGCUAAUAAAUAGGUAA